GUACCGUGGGGGAAAGGGUGAGGAUUUCGACUCCGAUGAUGAGCACCACCACCACCAUCAUCACCAUCACCACGGCAUCGGCAUGGGCCGUCGUCACGGCCGGAAGGUUGGUCAGCCUCACCAUGAUUGACACAGAUAUGAUUGGAGUGACAUCGAUGAUGAGCGCUCCUUCGGACCCCCAUUCGGCAGAACUUCUCCCUCAUUCGGGAGGUUACCUCCCGGCGGUCCCCGACCCGGUGCCCAACAAGGCGGCCAUCCAACACCCUAUCUGGCUGGUAUAGGUAAAUACCGUCAUAGUGACCAUCAAUUUGUGGACCGUGUAAAGGACGGUUUCGGGCACCAUAGAAAUGGGCGGCCCGGUAAAUCCCUUGACCCCCACGGCUCUGGGGAUGAUUGGCAGGGUGGGGGCCAUAAGUUCGGCAGUGUCUCAGGGCCUUGGGAUCGCUAUCAAGCUCACCGUGCUUGGCGCGGGUACAACUACGAUGGUGACUUUGCCCCCCUCGGCGGAAGCCUUUUUGAAAUACUUAAGGAAUUCACAAGAGCUCCUCUAAGUAAUCCCAAGGGCAAACCUCCCCAUCCACCCCCACACUCGUCGGCCAAAACCAAUUCCCAUGUUAUGAACCGCCCAAAGCCUGGAGGUGUCCCCUAUGGUCAGCUCAUCAAGACUUGCAAAGAUCCUGGAAUGGUUGCUCUAACCUUUGAUGAUGGGACAUUCAAAUACACCACUAAAUUGCUGGACAUCCUCAAGAACAAUGGUGGCAUUCGCGCUACUUUCUUUGUCAACGGCAAGAAUGUCGGUGAUCUCAAUGACCAGGCGAUGAAGGACACCCUCAAAAGGAUUAUGGCAGAUGGCCACCAAAUCGGUUCUCAUACUUUCUCCCAUAAACCUUUGUCUCCUCUCUCGGAGAUGGAUAAGAUUUCGGAAAUGGUCAAACUCGAGAAUGCCCUCCACGGAAUCAUUGGCAAGAAGCCUACUUACAUGCGCCCCCCGAGCUUUGAAUGCAACGACAAGUGCAUGAAGUUCAUAGAGGGGCUUAGAUACCACGUCAUUAGUGAGAACCUCGACGCUCAGGACUGGAAGAACAUGGGCAACAUGCAAGUAUCCAAGGACAUCGUCAACAAGGCCGUAGAUGGGGCCGACUCCAAGAAGAACAACUUUAUUGUUCUUGCUCACGACAUUCACGGGGCUACCGUCGAGCAGUUGGCUUAGCACAUGAUUGACAAGUUCAAGGGGAAGGGAUACAGAUUCGUCACCGUUGGAGAGUGCCUCGGGGAUGCAUCAGAGAACUGGUACAGGAACAAAUAAGGCCGUUCGCUAGAUAUUGUGUCAACACCCUCGUUCUUAGCGGAGGGUACCUUUUCUUCCCAGUCACUCUUUUCUUCCUCUUCCUUAUUGAACAUGUCACUCCAUCCCCCUUUUUUAAUAGCGAUGGUUUCUUUUCUUUUAUUUACCGAAACCUACCGCUCCAGUCCGGAGCGAUCCGAUGUCAUUGUCUAUCCCCCCGGCGGCCAAAAGUUUGCCCCUCAUCCCUUCACCCCCCCAUCCCACUGUUCCAUAUGCCCUCCUCCUUGCAUAGAGCAUGUUAUUACCGUACUUAAGAUGUACCAAUUGUAGGUUUCUUUUCAAUUUAUGUUUUGGCUUGGUUUUGCUCGUCUCUAUUGUUAGCUUUUUUCAAUCAUAAGUUAGUAUGGAAUUAAGAAA